AUGUCAAUGUCUGCUUCAAAAGAACUUGACGAGCUCGCAGUGGAGAAUUUUCGCACUUACCUCCGUUUUUCCACCGUUCAUCCUGAUCCUGACUAUACUGACGCCGUUGAUUGGCUUCGAAACCAAGGUGUUAAAAUGGGUUUGGAGUGUUUUCUCACUGAAAUUGUUGCAAAAAAUCCAAUACUCAUCAUGCGCUGGCCUGGUAGCGACCCUUCUCUUCGUUCUAUCAUGCUUAAUUCGCACAUGGAUGUGGUUCCCGUUGAGCGGGAGAAAUGGGCCUAUGAUCCCUUUGCUGCCGAAAUGUCUCUUGAUGGGAAUAUAUACGGUAGAGGAGCUCAAGACAUGAAGUCGGUGGGUAUCCAACAGCUCGAAGCUGUUCGUCGUCUCAAACUGGAGGGAUUUGUUCCAAAACGAACUAUCUACCUCACCUUUUUGCCCGACGAGGAAGUCGGGGGUGGUCGUGGUAUGCAGCCUUUUGUCUCAGGCGUUAAGCCCAACCGUCCUGGUGCUCCUAACGAAAUAAGCUUUGCUGAAAUGAACGUGGGCCUCUGUCUAGAUGAAGGCAUUGCUUGUCCACGUCCAGACGUCUUCUAUGCCUUCUACGAAGAACGAUCUCCUUGGUGGGUGAGUUUCCUGAUUCCUGGAAAUGCUGGACAUGGCUCCAGAUUUAUUGAAGAUACCGCUGUUGAGAAACUUCAUCGUCUGAUGGACAGGCUCCUAGCCUUCCGGGAUUCGGAAAAGAAGAAACUCGAGCUGAUUAAGGGUAAUGAUUUGGCUCUAGGCGGCGUUGUGACAUCUAAUAUCAAUGUCAUCAAAGGUGGAAUUGAACCGAACGUUGUCCCUGCUGAAAUUGAAGUCCAGGUUGAUUUCCGUCUUCCUCCAACAUUAGAUUUUGAUGCUUUUGAACAGCAGAUCCACAAGUGGGCUGAUGAAUCAGGCGAGGGUAUUAAGAUAAAUUACAUACAGAAGGAUAUGUCCACCACGGGACAUGGGAAUUUAUCAGGCACGUACGAUGCGAGCGAUCCAGUUCUAGAGGCCUUGAAAUCGUCAUCAUGUUUAAUUGGCGCGCAUCUUGAAGUGGGAGUCUUUUUCGGUAGCACUGAUGCUCGAUUCUUACGUCGGUGGCACAAGUUCCAUGCCGGCGAGAAACCGAUAAAGGCCUACGGAUUUUCGCCGAUGUGUGACGUCCCUGUCCUCUUGCAUGAUCACGACGAAUACCUCAACAAGAAAACGUUUCUCGAUGGUGUUAGGGUGACGUUUUUGUCCAAAGACAUGGGCACCUACGGCCAUGGAUCCGUGGACAUUCCAAUUGAUUCACACCCCAAUGACGUCUGGUGGAACAUAUUGGAAGAUGUGCUUUCUCGAAGAUCCAUCGGCUUACAAACGGGCAUCAGUGGAGGCUCAAAUGAUGGUCGAUAUCUUCGUCAGUAUCAUCGUCUCUGCGCACCGGAUUCAAAGCCGAUCAAAGCCAUCAGUUUUUCUCCGCUUAGGAAUACCCGCAUUCUGCAUCAUGCUUCAAACGAAUUUGUCAGCAGGAAAGCCUUUCUUGAAGGCGUCCAGAUUCUAGUGGAGAUUGUUCAAAUGGCUUCUUCUGUGGAACGUCAAGAAGACGAUGCUUGA